GAGCGCCCUCCCCUCGCCGCCAGUCCUCCGCUUCCCCUCUCGCCGGCUCCCGCGUCCGGGCGCGACCCGCCGCCGCCACCGCGCCCGCCGCCACCGCCGCCGCCGCGCCCUCCAGCAUGCCCGGCGUGGCCCGCCUGCCGCUGCCGCUGCUGCUCUGGCUGCUGCUGCUCGCGCGCCCGGGCGGGCCACUGGACUUGGCCGACUACACCUAUGACCUGGGGGAGGAGGAGGACUCGGAGCCCGUCAACUACAAAGACCCCUGCAAGGCGGCUGCCUUCCUUGGGGACAUCGCCCUGGAUGAGGAGGACCUGAGGGCCUUCCAGGUGCAGCAGGCUGAGGACCUCAGGCAGCGUGCAACCCACAGGUCUUCCAUCAAAACUACAGGAAACUCUUCUACCCCCAACUGCCAGAGCACCAGUGGGCAGCCACAGAGGAGAAACCGUGGGAGAUGGAGAAGCAGGUCCCGGAGCCGGCGGGCAGCCACAUCCAGACCAGAGCGUGUGUGGCCUGAUGGGGUCAUCCCCUUUGUCAUUGGGGGAAACUUCACUGGCAGUCAGAGGGCAGUCUUCCGGCAAGCCAUGAGGCACUGGGAGAAGCAUACCUGUGUCACCUUCCUGGAGCGCACUGAUGAGGACAGCUAUAUUGUAUUCACCUAUCGACCCUGCGGCCUCGCCCGGCCCCUGAGUGGAUGCACUCCCCCAGCUCGGGACCGCCCCCCUGAGCUGGCCCCGCCCUCCAGGUGCUGCUCCUACGUGGGUCGCCGCGGUGGAGGCCCACAGGCCAUCUCCAUCGGCAAGAACUGUGACAAGUUCGGCAUUGUUGUCCAUGAGCUGGGCCACGUCAUUGGCUUCUGGCACGAGCACACGCGGCCAGACCGGGACCGCCAUGUCUCUAUCGUGCGUGAAAACAUCCAGCCAGGGCAGGAGUAUAACUUCUUGAAGAUGGAGCUCCAGGAAGUGGAGUCCCUAGGGGAGACCUAUGAUUUUGACAGUAUCAUGCACUAUGCCCGGAACACGUUCUCCAGGGGCAUCUUCCUGGACACCAUUGUUCCCAAGUACGAGGUCAAUGGGGUGAAACCUCCCAUUGGCCAAAGGACCCGGCUCAGCAAGGGGGACAUCGCCCAGGCCCGCAAGCUCUACAAGUGCCCAGCUUGUGGAGAGACCCUACAAGACAGCACAGGCAACUUCUCUUCCCCUGAGUACCCCAAUGGCUACUCCGCCCACAUGCACUGCGUAUGGCGUAUCUCAGUCACACCUGGAGAGAAGAUCAUUCUGAACUUCACGUCCAUGGACCUGUAUCGCAGCCGCCUGUGCUGGUAUGACUACGUGGAGGUCCGAGACGGCUUCUGGAGGAAAGCACCCCUCCGAGGCCGCUUCUGCGGGGGCAAACUCCCCGAGCCCAUUGUCUCCACCGACAGCCGUCUCUGGGUUGAGUUCCGCAGCAGCAGCAACUGGGUCGGGAAGGGCUUCUUUGCCGUCUAUGAAGCCAUCUGUGGGGGAGAUGUGAAGAAGGACAAUGGCCACAUCCAGUCACCCAAUUACCCUGAUGAUUAUCGGCCCAGCAAAGUCUGCAUCUGGCGGAUCCAGGUGUCUGAGGGCUUCCACGUGGGCCUCACCUUCCAGUCCUUUGAGAUUGAGCGCCAUGACAGCUGUGCCUACGACUACCUGGAGGUGCGUGAUGGGCACAGUGAGAGCAGCACCCUCAUCGGGCGCUACUGUGGCUACGAGAAGCCGGAUGACAUCAAGAGCACUUCCAGUCGCCUCUGGCUCAAAUUCGUCUCUGAUGGAUCCAUUAACAAAGCUGGCUUUGCUGUCAACUUUUUCAAAGAGGUGGACGAGUGCUCACGGCCCAACCGCGGGGGCUGCGAGCAGCGGUGCCUCAACACCUUGGGCAGCUACAAGUGCAGCUGUGACCCUGGGUAUGAGCUGGCCCCGGACAAGCGCCGCUGUGAGGCUGCCUGUGGUGGAUUCCUCACCAAGCUCAACGGAUCCAUCACCAGCCCAGGCUGGCCCAAGGAGUACCCCCCUAACAAAAACUGCAUCUGGCAAUUGGUGGCCCCUACCCAGUACCGCAUCUCCCUGCAGUUCGACUUCUUCGAGACGGAAGGCAAUGACGUGUGCAAGUAUGACUUCGUGGAAGUACGCAGUGGGCUCACGGCUGACUCCAAGCUACAUGGCAAGUUCUGUGGUUCCGAGAAGCCCGAGGUCAUCACCUCCCAGUACAACAACAUGCGUGUGGAGUUCAAGUCUGACAACACCGUCUCCAAAAAGGGCUUCAAGGCCCACUUCUUCUCAGACAAGGACGAGUGCUCCAAGGAUAACGGCGGCUGCCAGCAAGACUGCGUCAACACCUUCGGCAGCUAUGAGUGCCAGUGUCGCAGUGGCUUCGUCCUACAUGACAACAAACACGACUGCAAGGAAGCCGGCUGUGACCACAAGGUGACAUCCACCAGCGGCACCAUCACCAGCCCCAACUGGCCUGACAAAUAUCCCAGCAAGAAGGAGUGCACCUGGGCUAUCUCUAGCACCCCUGGCCACCGGGUCAAGCUGACCUUCGUGGAGAUGGAUAUCGAGUCCCAGCCUGAGUGUGCCUAUGACCACCUGGAGGUGUAUGAUGGCCGUGACGCCAAGGCCCCCGUCCUGGGCCGCUUCUGUGGGAGCAAGAAGCCUGAGCCUGUCCUGGCCACGGGCAGCCGCAUGUUCCUGCGCUUCUACUCCGACAACUCCGUCCAAAGGAAGGGCUUCCAGGCAUCCCACUCCACAGAGUGUGGAGGCCAGGUUCGGGCAGAGGUGAAGACGAAGGAUCUUUACUCCCAUGCGCAGUUUGGUGACAACAACUACCCUGGGGGGGUGGACUGCGAAUGGGUCAUCGUGGCAGAGGAAGGAUAUGGCGUGGAGCUGGUGUUCCAGACCUUCGAGGUGGAGGAGGAGACAGACUGUGGCUACGACUACAUGGAGCUCUUCGAUGGCUAUGACAGCACAGCCCCCAGACUGGGGCGCUACUGCGGCUCAGGGCCUCCUGAGGAGGUGUACUCGGCCGGAGAUUCUGUCCUGGUGAAAUUCCACUCAGAUGACACCAUCACCAAAAAAGGCUUCCACCUGCGGUUCACCAGCACCAAGUUCCAGGACACACUGCACAGCAAGAAAUGACCACUGCCUCACACGGGGGCGGGGGCGGGAGGCCUGCUGCCCUCAGUCACCUGGACUGGACAGUGGGAGGUGGGCAGGAGGUGGGCAUCCCGUCCCUGUCCCCCAGGCGCCAGGACCUGCAGGCCGAUGGUCCAGGUGAGGCUGUCCUCAGGAGGCGGGGGAAUGGGACUGCUUCGUGAGCCCCUUCCCCGUGAUCCCUUCCUCCUUGCCCCCACCAGAACAAGGGGCCAGGGCCAGGGAGCCAGAGCUUUCACGGAGACACUUGAAGUGGCCAUUCCUCUCUGGGGGCCUGGCCUGGGGGGGAGAGCGUCUGUCAGCAGACCCUCCCAUCUUCCCUGCCCUCUCUAAGUGCACCGUAUUGUGUAUAGCCGGUGGCAUAGCUUCAUUGUAAUGUACAUUUCCCACCCCUUCUCCAACCUCGACAUGGUUUUUUUGAGCCCCUAUUUCCCCACUUCCUGGGGUGUGAGUUUCCAUACGAGUCCCACAGGAUGCACCGUGAGGGGCUGCAGAAGAGGGGGUGGGGAAACAAGACGGGGCUUCUCUCAGGCCCAGCGGCUGGUCAGCCACACCAGGGCACACCAGCCAAUAAACUGAAAGUGUUACAGCCA